AUGGCUCUUCUUCCUUCUUCUUCUUCUUCUUCUUCUUCUCUCAGAACUCUUCUCCAUAUCUCAUCUCAACGUUAUCUUCCAUAUUCCCUUCACAACUCCAUCACUCUUGCGUCAUCUUUCAAUCCACUCACUCAUUCAAAGCAGCACCUGAACCACAGAAGCUGCAGCUCAAAGCUCAUGGCUUUUUCUUACAGGUAUUUCAUUGAAGAAGAAGAAGAAGAUGAUGAUAAUGAUGGUGAGGAUGAUGAAACGAAAGGCUUUGAUGAAGCAGUGGCUCUCUUCAAUGGAGGAGAGUACUACAAAUGCCAUGACUAUCUUGAAGCCCUUUGGAACAAUGCAGAAGAACCCACCAGCACACUCAUUCAUGGAAUACUGCAAUGUGCAGUGGGUUUCUACCACCUCUUCAACCAGAACCAUAGAGGAGCCAUGAUGGAGUUGGGGGAAGGACUAUGUAAACUGCGAAAGAUGGAAUUCUCAAAUGGGCCGUUUCAAAAGUUUGAGAAAGAUAUUUCAGCUGUUCUAGAUUUUAUCUACCAGACUCAGAUAGAGUUAGCUGCAUGUAGUGAGGAUAUUUGUGUUGCAAUGGAUCGAUCUGAAAGAUCCUACCAACUUCUAGGGGAAUAUGCUUCAGGGCAGCGUGUGUAUGAUCUAGAGCUUUGUAGUGAUGCAUCAGUGUACAUUGUGUUCUGUCCUCAAGGGUCUAAUGGUUUCAGCGAAGCCCCAAAGGUAAAGCUUCCCAUGCUUAAGGCUACCUCGGAACAUCUUGUAGCAUAUAAGUGA